GUCACUCCGUCACCCAAAGUACCGAUUCGAAACCAUCACCGAGUUUAAUAUUCCCCAAUCCACUUUCCGGAAAUCAGUUUUCUCGCUCUCUCGAAUCAGAAUUGAGAAUGAUAUAGCUUUCCUUGUUCUGGAAUCAACCUGAAUUUUAGGGUUUACAAGUUGGAGAUGGCAAGUGUUGCUCCACUUCCUGUUUCAUGGAUUCCCGAAGACGAUCUCCUUCUGAAGAACUCCAUUGAGGCUGGUGCAUCCUUAGAAGCACUUGCUAAAGGAGCAGUACGAUUUUCCCGCAAAUUCACAUUGCAAGAACUGCAGGAUCGUUGGUAUUCUCUUCUGUUUGAUUCUGAUGUUGCUGCUCCAGCUUCUGUUCGCAUGAUUGAGCUUGAACAUUCAGGGAUCAAUCCAUUGUCAAAGUUUAACAGAUCUGACAAUCUUAAAGGAAGCAAAGAUGUUGCUGGAAAGAGGAAAGCAGACAGCAUUCGUAGACGAUACUAUACGAUGCGGAAGAAAUUUCGAAGUGAAUUUUUCAACUCCACCGAUCUUGGCUUUCUGGAUGAGCCAAAUCUACAUGAUUGCAAUGGACAUGGAACUGAUUUUAGGCAGCAUGUCAGAAUUGAUGCUCAGGCUCGUGAUGGGAAUUGUAUGCUUGGAGAUUGUAUUUCAGAUGACCUUGGGCUUCAAGAAUCAGAUCUGGAUAUCUUGCGCAAUGCUUUCCCAGAAGCACUUGACGACAUGCCUGUUACCUCUGCCAUUGCUAAUUCUCAUAUAGGCUACAAUAGUAGGUGUUCAAUUUCAGUAGACGAUAAUAGUCCAGAUGCAAUUAUAAGAGAAAGGUUUCUGGAGGAGCUUUCAAGAGAAGAGAGGAGGAAUUCUUUUCAGCCUGAUAUGGAAGAUAGAAAAAUUCCUGAUGUUCUUAAAGAUAAUUCCAUUGACUUUGAAAAGUGCUCGGCUGUUAAAAGGCCUCGCUUAUCACAGUUAUCUCCUGAGAGAAAGAUCUUCAGUAGUCCUGAAGGAAAACAGUUGUCCACCUUCCAUUCAAGGAGUGACAACCAUCAAAACAUCUGCAGUGGUCCUUGCGGAUUUGGAAGUAGACAGCAUUCUCGCUCCCCAAAAUCAGGAGCUAUGUUGGGAGCCAGGACUGACAGCACUGAUUUUAUUGAUUCAUCAGCUACCUCAGAUGGUGAAUUCACGGAUCUUCCAGAUUCCCUCUUAAACCUUUCAAAUGAGGAUGACAUCCUUUUGGAGGUGGAUGGAAAGGAUUCAGCGGACAACUUGUGUAAAGCAAAUCUAAAGUUCCUCCCAGAUUCUCCUUGUGAUAUUCCAGACGGUGGUUCAGAUGACCAUGAAUCUGAAGUUAUCAAAGAAUCAAACAUAAAUAUUACAGAUCCUGAUGAUUUCAAUCCUUUAGGAUCAGAAACGGAAAAUUCUUCUCUACAUGGGCAAGAUGUCAGAACUAAUUGUGAAGUUAAUCUGCCAUCCACAUCGGCAUUAAGUCCUGAUAGAAAACAGCCUAUUGAUGGGAGUAAGCUUUGUUUACUUAACACUGAGGACACAGAGAUUCCUUGUAACGAUGAUAUCUUCUUGCUUAUCCACCCUUCCACAUCAUUUGCUUCUACCGCCACCCAACCAGUUGGUCGAAGUUCCAUAGACCUGUCAUCAGCUUGUAGUAAAAGUGAACAAAGAGUCAACUCCUUCACUCGUGGAAAAGAUUCUGGCAAGUCCUUUGCAUGGACUAAUAAGGUUGGACCAAACAUAUUUGGAGAAACACGACCAGUGCAGCCAGCCGUUGGUAGUACUGCCCAUUUAAAGGUGUCUGGUACUACUGCUUUACCGGUCCUUCCUGGUGCUGCUAACAAGGGUGUGGGAGUCGCUGGUCAAAGCAGAUCAUUCCCUGUAAACCCAGCAGUAUCUAAAAAUGAUGUGCGAGAGGAUGAUAUUGCUAGAGUUCGAGGGGUAUCAAAACAUGAAAUAGUAGGGGACACCCCAGCUACUUUCAUCGAGGCACCACAAUUUGGUGAAUCAAGCUCUGUCAGGGUAGCUGUUACAGAGCCAACAAUUAACUCUUCAACAUCAGAAGUGGAAGAUCCUCAGAGCGAUGAUGAUGUACCUUGUUAUUCUGAUGUUGAAGCUAUGAUACUAGAGAUGGACUUAGAUCCACAUGAUCAAAACUUAAAUGCAACUAGGCAAGAGUCCAAAUAUCAGUCUGAAGACUUUAGAAGGACAACCAUAAGGUUGGAGCAGUGUAGUCGUUCUGCUGUGCAAAGAGACAUGACUUCUCGAGGGGCCUUUGCCAUCCUAUAUGGCCGUCAUCUGAGGCAUUACAUCCGAAAGACAGAGGUCAUACUUGGAAGAUCCACCGAUGAUGUUGAGGUUGACAUUGAUUUACGAAAAGAAGGCCGUGCUAACAAAAUAUCUCGGCGUCAGGCUAGCAUCAAGAUGGAAUCGGAUGGAUCCUUCUGUCUGAAGAAUCUAGGGAGGUGCUCAAUAGCAGUGAAUGGCAAAUCUGUUGAUACUGGGCAGUAUCUGAGCCUUAGCUCUAGUUGUGUGAUAGAGAUACGGGAAAUGAGUUUUGUGUUUGAGAUGAAUCCUAAGUAUGUCAAGCAGUACAUAUACAGCAUUACCCAGAAUAAAAGAACACUUAGCAAAUUUGAAUGGUCACCUGAAAGGAAACCAUGAUGAACACCUUUAAGGUACCUUUGUUGUUCUUGUUCUGUUUUGUAAAUUAACCUAAUGUUGAAACAAUAUCUUUUGUUGAGGAUCAGUUUCCUCUGUUCAUUAAUGGAUGUGUAGGUUGUAAAUAUCUCUUUAUGUUCCUGUGUAAAGAUCAUCUAACCUGCCCAGAUCCCCUUACUACCUUGUUUCUUUUCUUCA